AUGGAAAAAUUCCUGAUGCUGGUUGCAGCGCUGUUAGUAGCGGUGUUGAUAGUGUUUGGGACGGAGUUGAACCCCUGCCGUCCACCGCCGGAUGUGAAAGUGUGCGGCUGCUCGGAGGGAACUCGAGUCUCCAGUACCAACCCUGGAGACACCUGCACGGUGUGUGCGUGUGGACCAGAUGACAAAACAUGGGACUGUUUUGUUCAUCAGCAUGUUUGGCUGGACAUCGACCCAGGGUGGGCAGUGGGGGAAAGUGGAGGGAGAUUUUGCACCAGUUACGUCUGCCUCUAUACCGUGGAUAAAGCAAACAACGCGUUCGACGGCGGACUGGGAACCUUCUGGGAGCCGCUGUACGAACCGACCGGGUACCGACACUGGGUCAUCCUGGAUCUGCAGAAGGUGUGGAAGAUCUACCGGAUUGGGAUCGUUAAUUACGGAGAUACUGUGCACGACGUCAAAAGCUUUCUGUUAGAAAGCUCUCUCAACAGCUCUCUCGGUGAUGAUGAGUAUGUUUGGGAGUAUGCUGACAGCUUUGACGGGGUGCAGACCGGGAUGUCUUCUCCGCAAACCUUUGACAUUUACACUGAAGCACAAUUCCUGAAGCUCACAGUCAACACAAGCAGCGAGGAGGGACCGAGAAUUCGGGAGAUUUCUCUGUACGGCACAGAUCAACCACUCCUAGCCGAGCCGUGUGCUGUGGUCCAUACCGGCUGCGUCUUGAAUGAAGCAGCUGGGAAAAAAGCUCCCCCUGCUGACCAGCAGUGUUAUGCCAUCGUUGAUAUUCAUGAACGGAUUCGCGAUAAAAACGACGCCCUUCCGGUGCAUCGGACGGGCAACGUCAUUCUCCACGGCUUGCUGUCUGUUGAAUGCCCUCAUAAUGAUUACAAUGUCAGCUUAUACUGGACAUUACGAGGAGAAGGACCAGUAACAUCCGGGCCAUCACUGGACGACAUUUUACCCGAAGGCGUGCCGCAGAACAACUUACAUUUUACCCUCCCACCACGGACCUUACCUCUUGGGUUCUACAUGGUGCAGGACUUGGGAUAUUACACCAUCCGUCUGACCGACACAGUUGACGGCUGGCAGAAGAUCUCGGAGUGGAGAUUCCAAGUCCUGCCCGGUCCUUACCCGAAGUCAACUGCAGGAGGAGACCCUCCGGACCUAUCAGGGAUGUGUACUCUACUUCCGACCGCUGGUACUGCUUUGAUUGAUAGGUUCUGCGUAACUUGUGAAGAAUUUGUCGAUUUAUUUGGCCCGCUGGAGACGCAGGUCACGUUUGAGCUGAAGCCGUUAGCUGAAAUCGCCACGGCGACGUUUCCAGGAGACGGGGAGCCUACACUAAACGAAGUAAUACUAAAUACGUUUACCGGAUGGGUUCCAUUCACGACUCUUUUUGAGCUCACACCCGGUACCGUCAGUCUGCGCGUGCGAUUCGGAUCGCCUGAUGGUCGAUUCAUUGAAUUCGAUCUGGAACCUUUGCUGUUUCUGGAGUUGAACUUCAACCCGUUCGAAUAUUCCAACAACUCCCGCAUCAUCCGUGCUGACGUCACGGGCCUUCACGUCAAGUGUGGAAACGUCACGAUUCCGGUUUCCGAACUGAGUCGGCCGAACGACAUCUUAACUAGCAGAAAAAACGAAAGUCUUGAAAACUUGAUGUAUGUUUUCAAGGCGUCUGAACUUCUUGGCAAUCUGACUUUUUUCCCGUUCGUUGUAAAGGAUAAUCAGUCAGCAUUAAGCUUCAGCUUCACCUUCAACAGCACCCUGUUCCCGCAUGGCAUCACCUUGUUUCUCCGCAAGGAGGCGCCGCCGACUCCCGAGGACUACAACUGGACCACCACCCUGCCUGUUCCUGAUGAACAGGUAGGAAUGAUGUCCAAUGCCAGCCACAUCCACUGCCAAUGCGACCAUCUGACAAAGUUUAGCGGCUUCGUUACCCCGAAUCCUCUCAACCUCGCUGCGGCGCUGUCUGCCAACGUUCUAGAGAACCCAGCAGGGCUCAUUCUCGUACUUACCGUGCUCGGCAUGUACUUCAUGGGGCUCGUGUGGACAAGGAAACAGGACAGGAGGGACUUGAACAAGGUUGGAGUUGGAAUCCUACCCGGACACAGACUGAACCCCAGAAAGGACUGUCAAUACGUCAUCACUGUUUACACUGGAUUCAAGGGGAAUGCUGGGACAACUGCAGAGGUUACAAUUGUGCUUUACAGUCAAGACAAGAAAAGUCCUCCUUACACGCUCAGUGACUCGACAAGAAUAACUUUUGAGAAGGGCAGCGUGGACUCCUUUCUCGUGUCGACAUCAGAGCCACUGGGAGAUCUGACUUACCUACGUGUGUGGCACAACAAUGCAGGAUACAGCCCUGCAUGGUUCCUCAAUCAAAUUGUAGUGACUAACCAGGAAAACAACAGGUCACACUUUUUCAUAUGCAACAGGUGGUUUGCUAUCGACAAGGAUGACGGCAGAGUUUUUCGCCACCUGCCCGAAUCCAGCCCAGAUGAGAUUAAGGAAUUUCGCAACUUAUUUCUUACAAGAAGUUCGAGGGACAUGAACGACGGUCACCUGUGGUUCUCCGUGGCGGGCCGCCCGGCACGAAGCCCGUUCACCCGAGUCCAGCGCCUGUCCUGCUGCCUGACGCUGCUCUACAGCACCAUGGUCACCAACAUCAUGUUUUUCGGCCGCGGGGACGACUUCGACCCGCCGGAACCACUCAGAUUCGCCGGGGUGGAGAUCAAUCCACCUAUUUCUCUACCUCAGAUCAUGAUAGGUCUACAGAGCGCAGCCAUCAUCCUGCCUGUCAACCUGCUCAUCGUGUUCCUCUUCCGAAAUUCUGACUCCCCUCCAGCAAAUAAGAGAAAACAAAAGUCCAGGGAUAAGAAAGAUAGAAGCACUGAUCAUGGCGUAGGCGACUUCGAAGAGACGGGAAAGUUUGCCAUCCCGUGGUGGGCUGUUUACUUCGGCUGGUUGCUUGUCUGGUCCACGAGCUUCGUGGCUGCGUUCUUCACCGUCCUGUACUCCCUGAGUUUCGGACGUGCAAAGGCGGAGGCGUGGCUCUUCACUUUUCUGACGUCAUUCCUCACCGACCUGUUCCUGGUGCAGCCGUUCAAGCUACUGUUGGUCGCCAUGUUGUUUGCCUUAUUAGUCAAGAAACCUAUUGAAGACGAGGACCCCGAGCCUGCACCAUUACAACAUGAUGAAGAGUACCUCCAGGAUAACAGACGGAUAGUGGAAAACCAACAAUGGUCAACAGCAACAGGAUGGAUGCGUUAUCUGUGGGCAGAGAAGACUGAAUCCCGCCAUUGCACAAGUACGCCUGAAGUGGUACAAGCUAACUCACCACCUGAUGAAUCUACAUUGACCGUACUCCGCGCUCAGAGCACUCAAAAGCGCAGGAGACGUAAACAGAUAGUUGAGGUUUUGAUGUUUGGACUGUUUGUGACCGUGAUUAUGUUGACGUCUUACGGAGAAAGAAGCCCCUUGGCUUUCUACGUGACGAAGGAUGUGCAGGGGCUUAUUCUUGACAGUGGCGACAUCAGUUUCUCAGAGAUCGAAGACAUCCCAACGUUCUGGACUUGGGUGAAAACCGGGUUGAUCCCUGCCACCCAUGUGUCCCGAUGGUACAACGGCUGGAGCGUCACGGAGACCAUGAUCCUGGAUGACAUGUUAACUCACCCGCUGGGACCAGUGCAGCUGAGACAAGUGCGACUUAAACCAGGAAAACACUGUGAACCACCUAGAAGAAUGGCGACCAUGACGCCUGGCUGUGUUGCUAUGUAUUCUCUGGAUUUAUCCGACACACAGAACUACACAAAACGGUGGAACACUACUGCAAACAUCACGGAAAAAUCUCUUUGCAUUUCAACAGCAACAGAAUCACUUGAACUUAACGACUGUUCGUCAGCAGAAGAUGGUGGACAGGAUCCAUGGAGGUACAUGUUCGCCCCCGUGACUGAUGCUUUUCCGUACUUUGGAGUACGGGGCACCUACUCAGCAGGUGGCUACGUCACGUCUUUGGGAAGAACAGAACAAACCAGCUUAGCUCGUGCAGCUUACCUACAGCGACAAGACUGGCUGGACGACAAGACACGGGCAGUUUUCAUAGAACUCACCCUGUACAACCCGCACGUCAACUUGUUUUCCGUGGUUUCCAUGGCAGUAGAGUUCACCAAUCUCGGAGCCACCUACAAGGGGUCAGAGGUCGUGACCUUGAGACUCAUCCAACGUGACGCCAUCUUGCUUCUCGCUCUGAGAGCAGUCUUUGCUCUGUUGCUUCUUAUAUAUGCCAUUAAGGAGGGAAAAGCGUUGUUGUCACGCCCCCUUGACUACCUGAGUGAGUUCUGGAGCUGGGUAGAACUUUUUGUCAUCGCUGUUGGCUUCUCAGCUCUCGGUGUCUACUUCUACACUCAGAGUAUCAUCGACGAAGUCGCAGUACAGCGUGCGGCCGGAAACUCCUCCUUCAUAGGUUACAAAAGCGCCGUCAGCUGGUACCAGGUCUACACCUACCUUCUGGGCCUUCUCAUCUGCUGCUCUACGUUCAAGUUCGUCCGGAUCCUCCGCUUCAACUCCCACGUGUACGCCUUGUCCAUGACAUUGAGACGAUCUCUCAAGCCUGUAACACAGUUCAUGUUCACGGCUGGAAUCGUCAUCAUGGCUUUUACCCAGACGGCAAGCUUGAUUUUCGGAGUCACGCUCAUGGAGUACAAGAACAUAACAUCUAGUCUACAAAGCCUUCUGUUGAUGAUGUUAGGUAGCUUUGAUUUUGAAGCUUUAAGUCAAGGACAUCGUAUUCUGGGCCCGUUGAUGUUUUUCUUUUACCAGUGCAUGAUGCAGUUUUUCUUGCUAAGCAUGUUUAUGGCUAUCGUAAUGGACGUGUACGCAGAUGAAAAUCAACCCACAAACCAAGAAAGGCUGGAGUUUAAUGACUUUUUAAGAGAAUCCGCCUCAAAUACAAUAAGAAAAGUAAAGGGUGCUUCUAAGUGUACUUUCCGUAAGAAAAAGAGGGCACAACGAAAGUACAGACGGGAUAUGGCUACGCAGAUUGAUCAAGUGGUUGUUAAGUUUGGUACGUACGACACAUUCCAAGCUACUAGUAACUAA